GAGUGCGGCUUCCCCUCCUUUCUAGUGCCUGGGGAACCGCCGGCCUUGCCUCGGCGCUGGCGGUGAGGUCGGGGAAAGUCGCAGGAAGCACGAACGGCCCAGCUGCUCCCCAGCCCCGGUUUGCCCUUGGUGCGGUGCAAGCCCUGGCUGGCUGUGGGCACCGAGGGGAGCGGGGAACAGCGCCUGAGAAGCCAGGGUUUGGUUUGAAAAGUGCUAAUUCUCCGUGGGUAAACGAACAAGAAGUUUAAGACAAAAUUACAAAAUAGUGGAGGAAAACUGUAAAGCCAAGAAUGGUCACAAAAGGUUUAAAAAUGUCUGAUCCAAAAAAUAUUGUACACAGAACUCAUUGUAUUGAAAAACUGCUGUCUGAGAACAAUUUCCAAGAUAUUGAGGAUCAUCUUAAAGAACUUGAAGAUGUUGAUAUGACUGUAGAAUAUCUUCAGGGAACAGAAGUUGCCAAGACUGUAUACAGAGUACUCAAGAGCUGCCCUGCAGGAGAGUUGAAAAAGAAAGCAAAGCAGUUGUUGUCAAGGUGGAAGGCACUUUACAAGAAUAACUGUGCUCAGUCAUUGCAAGUUAAAAAGUCCGUUUCUGUGUAUGUGAAAGAAGAAAGUGAGCAUCUCAUUGUAGUUCCUAGAGAGCAGUCACUGUCUGAAGGACCAUGUCAGCAGGAGGCAUUAGAUGGUACUAGUUCCAACAUUUUGGUCCCAUCACAAACUGUUAAAGAUGUAUGUAACAGUGCAGAAGGCAGUAUGAAUCAGCAUUCUUCUUUUGAGGAACAACACACUGUUCAUGAAGAUUCUAAAUCUGUUGUUAGUGAAGCAAGUCUGCAGCAGGAUCUGAUGAGAGCUCUGAGGUGUAAAUGUGUGGAUCUUCUUUAUAAAGCUUUGAUUGGUUCUGCCAAAGAUGAAAAAGAAACUGUUAAAUGGCUAGAGCUAGCUAAACAAAUUGAAGAACAUAUUUUUGCUCUUCAUGCUAAAAAUGAUAAAAAGUACAAAAAUUGCAUCAGAAGUAAAAUCUCUAACCUUAAGAACCCUAAAAGUUGCCACUUAAAACAUAACCUUUUCUCAGGAACUUUGAGCCCAAAGGCUUUUGCUGAGAUGACAGUGAUGGAAAUGGCCAGCGAUGAACUGAAAGAGCUCAGGGCUCUGUACACAAAAUCAUCUGUUCAGGAACAUCAGCUUCCACAGGUUAUAAAUGGCACACAGACAAACAAAAUAAAGUGCAGACGCUGUGAAAGAUUUGAUUGCACUGUCACUAUGAUUGCCAGAGGAACUCUCUUUCUUCCAGCUUGGGUGCGAAACACAAAUCCAGAUGAACAAAUGUUGACUUACGUUAUUUGUAAUGAAUGUGGAGAACAGUGGUAUCACAGCAGAUGGAUUUGUUUGUAAUGCUGUCCCUCUUUAAUAAGGGGCUUGGAAACAUGUAUGAGAAUGUACCUCUGUUGAAACAGUAAUUUUAAAUUCUGUGCUGAUAUUAUGUGGGUGCUGCCACUAAAAACUGCAAAAUCAGUUUUAAAAAAACCUGCUAAUGUUUUUAAAGAUGGCUUGAAUGAAUCUUACAUGUCUUUAAGUAACAUAAAUAUGUAAAGAAAUAAAAGGGUAAAGGGGAAAAAUGGUUACACUGUAUCUGAGUGGAAUAUUUGCUAGUAAAUCCAUUAAAAUUAUUCCAAGUGCUGAGUUUUUUCCUGAAGGGACUAGAUACUUGAUUUUUUUUUUUUUAACUUCAAGAGGAGUUCUUUCACGAGCAUUAAGUUUCAUUUACAGUAAACAAACUGUUUCCAAAACUGCAAUUCACAUACUUGUGUGCAUUGCAGAAUGUUCAGUGUAGAUUCACUCCUUAAUUAAAUCACUUUUUGCAAGCGUUAGAUUAGUGAUGAUUUCUAACAGGGAAAAAAGAAACUAAAAGUAGAGUGUUAAAGGGGGUAGAAAGCAGCUAGCAAAUGAAAGCAAGAGUGAAAUUUUGCUUUAGUGUUUUUAGCUAUUAGAAGGAAAACAGGACUUGUGACAGUCUAUCAGUAUGCAGGCCAGAUUUACAAUGUAAGAUGGUGUGACCUGCUGCUGCAAAGAAAUUAAUGCAGGAUCAGGCAGUGGAUUAUUUCAGAAAAUGAUGUAAACAUAUUAUUGGAUUUAUGUUUAUUUAAUAAAUUAGUAGUAGUUAAUAACUUGAGUGGAUAUCCUCUCUGGAACUGGGACAUCUAUCCUGAAGUGAGAAAAUUAAUGUUUUUUAUAUAGUGCACUUUACCCACAAACAAUGAAUAGAAAGAAAUCCAAUAGCAGAAGUUUUUAUGCAUAUUUUUGUUCCAGAGUCAAUGGGAUUCUGACUGAUUGUUUACUAGGAAUAUUUAUUUUUAAAAAAAUUCUUCUCGCUAAAGUAAGAGACCUGUGUCUUUUACAAAUGCACAUCAGGCAUUUAGCACUUCAAGGUUAAAAUGUAUCAGCAGAGCAGAGAAACCUGCUGAGUAUUUUCUGGAGGAAUUGAGGACAGUUCUGCACCCAUCUGACUGUGACAUAGCUGAGGCUAGUCAGCUCCUUUGGGCUGAGCUGCAUGACCUCUCAGAGAAAGGAGUUGGAGGCAUGAGAAAACAGGUAUUGGUGAACUAAAUGCCAGCUAGGACUAAAAGACAUGUGGAUGGAGAAAAUUGUUCAUGGAGAAAAUGAUGUGCAAUCUGAUGUUGCAAAGAGACACUUAAACUAUUCUACUGAAAAAAAAAAAAAAAAAGAAAAAUCUUUCCAUUCUGUGAAGGGUUAACAAUUACCUUUCAGCAGCAUUACUUAGAUUUUUAUAAUGUAAAAAUGUGUAUUUUAUGGAAAUUGCACUGAUGUAAAAUGCACAUUAAAGCUUUGGGCCAGACUCUCAGUGUUCAGCUGUGUAACCAAGGAGUUACGGUCUGGCCUUCCUUCCUAACCCUUACUUGUGUGCUGGAAUUGAUGCUUACAAGCAGUCUUUUAAGUGGCAGUGCUUUUGUGUAAAGUAUUAUUGUUAGCUUUCAGUGAAACUACAGGAAAGCAAACACUCCUGUGUUAGUGGAACACAGCAAGCACAGGAUUGUGUGCAGUCAUUUUGAAGGUCAUGGUCCUGUUGAGGAGAGCUUUAUGCCAGCAUUGUGCUGUGUCAGAACACCAUGUAGCAGAAGACUUUAUUUUAGCUGUGAACAACUUAUAAAUAAUUUCUGCCUGCAAUUGCUUUUGAAGCCGUUCCAGUAAUGUAGAGCUCAUCCAAGUUUUAUCUUGGCAAAGGGAAGUAUUACAAGGCAUGGAGAGUGUUUCUGACAAUAUAUUUCAAGGGUAAAAUUUGUGUUUGUAACAUUGACUACAUUUGUGACAUAAUGUGUAACAUAAUUUUCUUUUGAACUGCCCAUCGCUAAAUGUGUAACUGCAGGCUUAAAAUAUUUGACUGGCUAAGAUUAUAUGCUUUGUCUCAAAAUGUCUUUAAAAAGCCAACUUGCAACUACAUAGUGUGUACAGCAGCAGGAGGGUGUAGAUCACUGGAGUACAGGGAGUAGAGUCCAGAAACAAAAGAAAAGCUUUGAAAAGAGAGAUUCUUUUAUAAUGUUGAAGUCUUUUUUUCCCCCAGUUCAUUCCAGGUGAGAAAAAGAUCUCUGAACUUUUUAAAGCAGAGACAGUUAAUUUGGGUAUAAUAUUUAGCAUGUCUGUGCUGCUACUUCUGCAAGGAGUGUGUCAUUAGAGGUGAUCCCCACAAACACAGGACAAAUAUAUGCUGAACAAGGUUAAAGUCUGUAUUUGUCUCCACGGGGUUUUCCAGAGAUGCUGUAAAUUCAACUCUUUCUUGAAUCCUGUGAUCUAACAGCAGCAAUAAGCUCUUAAACAGAAAUUGCCCACAAAGAUCAAGCAGCCUGUAGCUGCAGAACUUGUGAUACAUAUCUUAAGAAGAUGAGAGCUGAAUUAACAAUGAAUUUCAAUGUAAAAACAAAGAUACUAUUCUGUAUCUGAAGUGCUCUAUUAAUUGUAGUCAAUGUUGCUCCCUUAACACCAGUAACAAAACUCCUUGUGGUUCCUAGAGAUCCCCUUCCAGAUACUCUUCCUUCUGUUCUGUUGAGUGCCUUUUCUAUCUUUGUCAUGUCCCUCUUACUGUGCACUUUUUAGGGAGGUACUCAGCUGCCAUUUGAUGUUUAUAUCUCUUUCUUCUUUUCAAAACCAAAAGGAAAUUUGUGCUGUUUAUUUUUCAUUUAGAGUGUGUUCCUUUCCAUCUGCUGUGCUAUCUACAUUUGCUACUAAAGUAAAAACUCUUUAAACAGAAAAAAAAAAAACAAAAAAACUGCUCUUUUUUUGUGCCAAGAAGAAAAGUUAGCUGGUAACAGGCUGUGGUUAAGCAGCAAAUGUGUUGAAUUACAGUCCUUCAGGGAAUCUUCAGGGUGUAAUGGCCCAAUUCACUGACUGCUUGGAAGAUAAGGAAAGAAACAAGAGCACUUUGAUAAUUCCUUGGAUUGCUUGGAAGCUGGCUUGCUGCAUUCUGGUAUUAACAGAGCCAUAAAGGCAAAUGACUUCAUAUCCCCUUAUUUUGUGCUGCUGUAAUUCAGCCAAGGGGUGACAAAGUCAUGAUUUACUGAGGCCAUGUCAUCACUUGCCAGGAUGGGACAUAGUCUUCUUGCCAGCUACAGAUGGUAAAAAGUAUUAUUCACAAGCUCUUAUUGUAAGAGAGCUUUGCUGAUACAGAACUUCCCCCUACUCAAAAGUCGCCCUUUAUUUGCCAUUGGAUGUUUUUUGUGCUACUCUCUCUGGCAUGGCAUAACAACACUUCAUGAAUACACCUCUGUGAACAAAAUCCUUAAGGUGCAAAGUCAGCUUUCAGAUGAAGGUGCAUGAGAGAGAGCAGCAAGGGUGGGUUGCUGCACAGGAGGAGGCAGCCAGGGUGGAUGGUGGGUGACAGGACGUGCAGGGACAGUGGCUUCAGUUUAAAGGGUCACUGUCCAGCAGCACCCAAACAAGAGCAAGGCAGGUCCGGUGAAAAUAAUCUGCCAAAACUCCAAUGAGAGCUGGGCAGGUCUGGGGAUGUGCUGUUGGAUGGAGAUCGGUGCACAAGGUGGGGUGCAGGGACGGGGCCACCAGGUUUGUACACUGAGCCAAAAUGGGGCUCUUGCUGGCAGUGGGAAUCUGAAGCAGCUGCCCCCACGAGCACUGCUCCAAUUCUGCUCCCCACUACUGGAAUGGUCAAAGAGCAGCCUCAGACAGGGGCAGCCCCACAACAGCCACCAUUGGGACCCUGCCUGUGUGCAGAAUUUAAACAGGACUGAUUCUGGUGCACUUUUUGUUUCAAACUGCGUCCCAGCUCAGCAUGUUCUGUCUGACCUCAGGACUGGCAGGUGUGCUUCAGGUGACCAGCUCUAUCAGAGGCAUUAUUUGUUCUACAAUUUGUGUUGUUCUGUAGCAGCUACUGGGUUUGUAACAUACAUGAUAUGUAACAGAGUGGACACAGGGAAUAGAGCCUUCAGUUCCUGAUCCUCAAGCACUCAUGCAUGUGUAUUAACCAUGAGAGUAACCCUAUGAUGCCAAUCCAUUAUGCCUAUAAAAUCAUAAGCAUAGUAGCCAUGGUUACACCAUGGUUCUUUUCUAUUUUCUUAUAUGUUCCCAUGUAAAGGAAAUAAAAAUACAUCUUAUCUGAGAA